AUGGACAACCGACUGAAAGACCGCGUAGCCAUCAUAACCGGCGCCUCCUCCGGCCUAGGCGCCGCAACAGCCCAGCGCUUCGCCUCCCUAGGCGCCCGCAUCAUCUGCGCCGACCUCACCCCCAGCACGCUCCCCUCCACCCUCAACGCCACCCACGGCCCCAACACCGCGACCUUCAUAAGUUGCGACGUAACCAACGAGACCCAAAUCCAGCAGCUCAUCGCCCAAGCCGUCGAAUUCGGCCACGGCCGCAUCGACAUCCUGUGCAACUACGCCGGCGUGGCGGUCGAGACGUACGAGCGGAAUGCGAUGACGAGGCGGGCGCAUGAGCUGCCCACGGAGGAUUUCGAUUGGGAGAUGAGUGUCAAUUUGAGGGGGACGUAUCUGUGUUGUAAGUAUGCGUUGAGGCAGAUGCUGGAGGGUCAGGAUCCGAGGGAGGUGAAUGCGAGGGGGGAGAGGACGAGGGGGUGGAUUGUGAAUGCGGCGAGUAUGUUGGACACAGGCCUAAUCGCCCACCCCAACACCCCCGCCUACACGACCUCCAAACACGCCGUCGUGGGCCUCACAAAGCAACUCGCCCUCGACUACGCCCCAGACCGCAUCCACAUCAACUGCGUCUGCCCGGGCUUCGUGCAGACCCCCAUGAUCCAGCACUUCCUGACUGACGCCGACAACGCCGCCCAGCUGGCGGGCGCGCACCCGUGGGGCGCGCUGGGCACGCCCAGGGAUGUGGCAGAUGCGGCGGUUUUCUUGUGUGGGGAUGAGUCGGCGUGGAUGACGGGGCAUGCGAUGGUUGUUGAUGGGGGGUAUACGAUUCGAUGA